AUGUCCAUUUCUGGGACUUUGAGCAACUAUUACGUGGACUCCAUCAUAAGUCCCGAGGGCGAUGAACUCUCGGGACCAGCCCGUUUUCCCGGUGUGCAGUACUCCGGGUCCAGCUCGGCUGUGAGCGCGAGCGGCAGGCAGCCGGUCGGGGCUGCGCAUGUGGACCCAUCCGAACCGUACCCGUCCUGCAGCUUUCAGCCCAAACCUCCGGUCUUCUCGUCCUCCUGGGGCUCGUUCGGCCCGCAUCACAGUGUGGGUGGCCUCUCCGCGGUUUACCAUCCGUACCUUCCAGCACAGCACGUGCCCGCGGCAGAGACGCGCUACCUUCGCUCCUGGUUGGAGUGCGCGCCGCGUGACUCGGACCCGGGCCCAAGCCAAGCAAACCAGGUCAAACUAGAGCCCCAGCUCGGCCAUAAAGGUGGAGAGAUCCCGCUCAAACCCAGCGGGCAGCACCAGCACGAGACCACAACGUACAUCUUUGAGUCAGCGCGCGAGCUGAGUCACCAUCCCGCAGCCGGCGCGGGCCCGGGGUUCGAAGACAAGGACGUCUGCGACGGAAGUAAAGACAAAGACAGCGUGGAUCAAAAUGACCCAUCAGCCAACUGGCUGCAUGCACGCUCCUCUAGGAAGAAACGUUGCCCAUACACAAAAUACCAGACCUUGGAGCUGGAGAAGGAGUUCUUGUUCAACAUGUACCUCACGAGGGACCGCAGGCACGAGGUGGCACGUGCACUUAGCCUGACCGAGCGGCAGGUUAAAAUUUGGUUUCAAAACCGGAGAAUGAAAAUGAAGAAACAAAGCAAGGACCAACCCAACAAGGAGUAGAGGAACUUACAGUCACACACAUACUCACACACUAACACACACACACACACACA